AUGAAGUUGCACAUACUGAUUUUGUUGUUAGCAAUAACAACAACAUCGAUUUUUGGUCAAGGUAACAGAGAUGAUGAAAAACAACAGACCGCUGAUUCGGGUUUCUCGCCAUCAGAUGGAAAAGAUUCUCAAUCAAAAGAUGAUAAAUUACCACCAAAUGAUAGUAAACGACCGGCAGAUACUGAUCGACCAGUAGACAAAGAUCAAUCAGUAGAUAAAGAUCGACCAGUAGAUACGAUGUCUAAAAACGGUAUCGACAGUCCAUUGAUUCCACUUCCUAAUAGCAAUAGUUUUCAUGCAGAUGGAAGUCAUAGUUCAAGUAGCAGCAGUUCAGAGAAACACGAACAAGAGCAAAAACAGAAUGAAGAGUCACACUGGAAUUUGGAUCAACAGUCACAUGGUGAUGGCUCUACACGUCCAACAGUACCUACAACUCUUCCACCAGUACUUACAACUCGUCCACCAGUACUUACAACUUUAAAUCCUGAUAAAACCAACUUCGUUCAUAUUUCCGGAAAUAUUUUACUGAAAAAGCUCCAACAAAGCUCGAUCGCAUCAGUCCAAUAUGAACAAUAUGGUUGGAAUUCACAAUCAGGCUCACUGCUACAUCCGUCAUUGAUUCAGUCGACUCAGAACUUCGAUAUUACGAGAGAAAUCAUUGCACGAGGAAGUCAAAUCACAUUGUAUGUCUCAACAACAAAAACGUUGGAGCCAAAACAAGCAUUCGACAAAUUUGAGAUUGAAUGGUCAAACAAGUAUUUUCCCGUUCCAUUCGACAUCGAUGUACGAUUACCGUAUGACCAUCGAGUCAGUGAACAAAAGAGCGAUAUCGUCUUGUAUUUCUUUGUCUACAUCGUCAAUGAAAACAAUGCCGAAACAUUCAUACCAGCUGGCAGCAGUCAAAUAUUGUUACAAAAUACAAAUCUCCUCUCACAACGAUUAGACAUUUUCGUCCAAAUGAGCGGUAUUCGUAUCAAUGGUUUGAUCAAAGUUCGUUUUUCCCCAAGUGAUAUAACACCCGGCACAACAUUUCACAUAAAAGUUGUUCCCGAAAACUCGUGGCUUCCAUCGUUUCGACAAAGUCAAGAUGUCUCCGUUGCUGAACUGACAAUCACAAACCCAACGACAAAGUAUCCCGUCGCAUUUUUAAUGACCGUUAGCUAUCAGUCAUUGAAGUUGGGCGUCAAAUACUAUGCGAUCGGCUACAUCAAUGAAAAUGGUCAACAACGUUUGAUUCAACAAGAACCAAUAUGGAUAAUCAAUGAACAACAGAUCUUAGUCACACCACAACUUGUUUUCACCGUUAUCCCAAAUCCUUUCAUUCUUUCUGGUGUUGUUCAACGUUCAAUGCCAAGGCCAAGUAAUUAUCGCCUUCAACCACAUUCAUCGCUGAUCAUUCGUGUACAUGAAAUCGGCUCAAAAACACCAGAUAUUAUCUACAAAUUGCCCGAUAUCAACAUUUUACCACAAAAUUUCCAAAUUAACAUCUCAGAAGCUUAUCGAUUCGAUCAAACCAGAAACUAUGAUAUUCGCGCAUUAAUUCUUUCAGAAAGAAAUGAUUUGUACAUGGCAAGUUUAGAGCCCGUGUCGCUAUUGGUUGAUGUUCCUAUGUACUCCCCUCGUAUCUAUGUUCCAGUUGAUGAUUUAUUGUAUUUUGUUAAAUGUUUGAUCGUAACGUCAUCCACUCAUCAAUUGCGUUUUAUGAGAGGCAGUAGUGCAAAAAUAUUCGUCACUGAUAGCCCCGAAACAUCAACAAAACCAAUUGCAUCGUUAAUAAUCAGGGACAUCGAAUCUUUUCGUAACUUCACCAUUCGAAUUCCAGCAACAGCAAUCGAACAAGGCCACAACUAUUACUUAGUUGUUAGAAUCGAAUUGAAUGACAUGGUCACGCAUCUCUCAAAAACACUUGUUAUAUCCCAAAAUCAACCACCACCACUCGUCAUCGAGUUACCCAUUAUAUCGUUGAAUUUGAUUAGUGGAACAAUCUACGAUCUAGACGUGAGACCAGCACAAUGGUCCUCAUCAUCACACGUUGAGUUGUAUCUUAUCGAUAGCAGUAGACCAAAGCAAAUCGUCCAAAUAUGGAGAGUUCAUUUGGAAAAAGAUUUCCCAGUUCGAUUUGAAGUUGAACUCGAUUUCAGUCUACUCUUUCCAGAUCGUAUAUAUCAGUUGCAGGCAGCCAUCAAAAACCAACGUGAUGAAUUAGAAUAUCAACCAGCUGGAACUAUUGAUGUUCUGAAUCGAAACGGCAUCAUUACUGACAUUCGUAUCCCUGUCACUAUUGUCAAGAAAGUCCAAGUUGUUAAUGGCUUAGUUUAUAUUGUUGAUUUGCAAAAGAUUACCAUUAGUCCACCACAUGAAAGUUCUGAAUUAAUCAUCCAAUUAUCCAGUACACCUUCGCUACAAUUUCCAACCAUCAUCCAGGAGCAGCGUAUUGAUAUCAGUGGGAAAGAGUUACCCAUCGGGUUUUCGAUGAAAUUAGAUCUGGCCAAAAUUGAUAUUACAAGCGUCUAUUACUUCUUGGUUCGUUAUGUUCGCAAUGGUCGUGAUGUGAUUCCAGUUCAGCAGGCAUACGCUUUUUCACCGCGAAAUGAAGCCACUGUCGUCAUCACAUUGAGUAAAACACCACAAAUACCUAUUCGAGGUCAAGUCGUGUCAUCUACUGGUACACUCAUGUUACCACUCGAAUCCGUUAUUCAUCUUUACAUUACCGAUCAACCAGAUCUCCUUAAGCCAGUGAUAUUGUCAGAAGUGUAUUUACAAACAACAUUAAAUCGUCUCUAUGAGUUCGAGAUGACUGUCGACUCAAUUCUCAUCCAGCAACAGCGACCACUCUAUUUGAGAGCCGAAAUAUUGUAUCGUGAGAAGAUUGUACUGAGAAUGCCUCGAGCAGCAUUGUUACAAUUGUCGGCUGGUGGUGAAUGGAACGUUAAUUUGAUUGUCGAUUUGCCUACAAUUCUUACAGGUGAAAUAACGUCAUUGCGUCCAAUCGACGCCAUUCAUGGCGACUUCGACGUUUAUGUUAUUAUCUUUGAACGUGGUCAACGCCAAACAGUCCUUCAACAAAUACAGAUUCGUCUCGAUGCCAAAUUACCUCAGUCAUAUCGUAUCGAAGUCGACCAGAAAUUAUUUUCCAGUUACAAACAAUAUCAAGCAGAAGCCAUCAUCAAAAAUUGCAAAGAGCAGACAUUGUUCGAAAGUGGUGGAUCGGUCGAUAUUACAAAGGGCCUCAAUGUUAAUAUUGUUUUACCCGUCAUUCUAACGGAUCCAGCUAAACUCAAUAACACCGUACGAUUAGAUGAAGUUGCACCAGUAGACACCGGUGACUGGAAAUUAUCCGUAACGGGCAAUGGAAAUUUUGGCCAAAUUGAGAUUUUACCAUUCGCAUAUCAAGGAUCUAAUUUCGCUUACAGUGGUAAUGCUGGUUCACUUACUCAACUACAACAAGUAGCAGUAGGGCAGCAAGGAUUAGUUGCUGGCGUAGACAAAAAUCAACAGCAAGGAUUAGUCCUUGGCGUAGACAAAAAACCAGAUAGAGUUAUUACUAGUGGCUUCGGUGCUCUACCAUCACAGCGUCCAGAAGGUGACUACCAUUUGUCACAAGGCGGAAGCAAAUCCAGCAGUAGUUCAAGUUCAAGUAAAGAAGAAAAGCAACAACAACAGUCGGCACAAGAACACUGGAGUGAAUCUGCAAAUGGCAGUCCCGCUCUCCAAGUGAAUCCAUCAAUUGGCUUGAAGUCCGAUAAUCGACCAGUUGUAGAUCCAGUCCCAUCAGAGCGUCCAGAAGGUGACUACCAUUUGUCACAAGGCGGAAGCAAAUCCAGCAGUAGUUCAAGUUUAAGUAAAGAAGAAAAGCAACGACAAGAGUCGGCACAAGAACACUGGAGUGAAUCUGCAAAUGGCAUAGGUAAUCGACCAGUUGUAGAUCCAGUUCCAUCUACCCGACCAGUUGUAGAUCCAGUUCCAUCACAGCGUCCAGAAGAUGACUACCAUUUGUCACAAGGCGGAAGCAAAUCCAGCAGUAGUUCAAGUUCAAGUAAAGAAGAAAAGAAACAACAAGAGUCGGCACAAGAACACUGGAAUGAAUCUGCAAAUGGCAUAGGUAAUCGACCAGUUGUAGAUCCAGUUCCAUCACAGCGUCCAGAAGAUGACUACCAUUUGUCACAAGGCGGAAGCAAAUCCAGCAGUAGUUCAAGUUUAAGUAAAGAAGAAAAGCAACGUCAAGAGUCGGCACAAGAACACUGGAAUGAAUCUGCAAAUGGCAUAGGUAAUCGACCAGUUGCAGAGACAAUCCCUCCACGAAGAACAUAA